GCCAGCGAUCGCGCCAAAGAUGUUGCUGCUCGGUGCGGUCGUCCUCCUCCUAAUCCUACUGUUCAGAACGGUAUACCACCAACGAGCGAAGGCAUUCAGACCGCUACCGCUGGUUGGACAUUUCACCUGGUUCGCAGCCGUCUCUAGACAGAAAUCGUUGGAAUGGCUGAAAAGAGCUUCGGAUUAUCAUCAAGGCAAGAGCUGGAAGUUGGAAUUACCCUUGAUCGGUCAGGCUUGGGUGCUGGAGGAUCCUGCUUGCGUCAAGCAUGUGCUGAGUACGAGGCAUGAUGCCUUUGCAAAGGGAGAGCUGGCAACUUCAAGGCUGGCGGAUCUUUUCGGUGAUGGCAUCAUCCUCACGAAUGGGAACACCUGGAAAGUGCAACGUUCUGCCGGACACGCAGCCUUUGCGAACCCUAUCAACCUGAAAUAUUUUGUCGAUCGGAUCUUACCGAAACAUUUGGACAAGCUUUUCGGUGAGCUGGACAGCGCAGCCGAGACGGGAGGACAUAAGGGAAAGGUGGUCGACUUGCAAGAGGUCGCUUACGAUUACGCGAUGAGUGUGUUUGGCGAACUGGCAUACGAUUCGAACUUCGGCAAGAUAUCUUCCUCGUUCGCGGGACCGUUCGACCGGGCGGCGAUCCAGACGCACGAACGGUUCUUCAACCCUCUUUACCGGAUCACCGAAUUUAUUCUACCCUCGGGAGCACGUUUGAGAAAGGAUAUCAGGGACGUCAAGAUGUUUGGGGAUGAGCUCGUCAGGGAAGGAAGGGAUAGGUUGAGACGGGAAGAAGAAGGGCUGGAUAGCGAGGACGAGGAUGAGAAGGAUAAGCAGGGAAAGGGGAUCUUGUUGGAGGAGCUCGUCAAGGAGAGAGGACGGGACGAUCAGGUGCGGUUCUUGGCCGAUAGUUGUCUCAACUUCUUGACCGCAGGUCGAGACACGACGGCUCAAGCUCUCUCCUGGACCAUAUACCUCCUACUUCUCAACCCCAAAACGAAAGAGAACGUGUUUAACGAGGUCAUGGCGUCAGUUCAACCGCGCGAAGCCGUCGAGUCGACAUCACUCGCCGACCUCAUCUCGAGCACGUCACCGACAGCGUAUUGCCCUUAUGCAAACGCGGUCAUCUCGGAAGCCUUGCGCCUACAUCCUCCGGUCCCUUUGGAGAUCCACGAGAAUGUUACGGACGAAGCCAUCGCCCUGCCAGACGGGACGGCGGUUUACCCAGGAGAAAAGGUCGUCUGGGGUCCUUGGGUCAUGUCACGAUCGACGAGAAUAUGGGGAGAAGACGCGGAAGAAUACAGACCGGAGAGAUGGCUCGCUCCUGCUUAUUGGGAUCCGGAAGCCAAAGGGCAGCCUUUACCGAAAGAUCAUGCGGCGAGGAAGACGGCUUUUGAAUUUCCCGUCUUUCAUGCUGGACCGAGGAGUUGCCUCGGAAAGCAAUUGGCUCGGAUUGAACUCGUUUUCGCCUUGAGGGAGUUGAUGUUGCGGUUCGACUUUUCGCCGGCAUGGCAAGGAUCUGUCAUUUACCGCACCAAUGCUGGAUCGGCCUGCACAAAAGACGCUGAAGAUGAUGAAUAUACCGGGACACUGAGGGAGAUCGGCGACGGGCUGACCGGACCGAUCAAGGAUGGUCUACCGGUCAGGGUUCGGCGGCGUCAGAAGACGCAAUAGGGUUCAAGCGCAAUAGGGUUCAAGUGGAUGAGACACAUUACUGUAUCCAUUAUGCAUAAUAUAUAUCUGGUCUCGACAUCUCGAUCAAACAAG